AUGUGUCACGCUCGCCGCGACGAGGUCUCGGGCUCGACCAAUGUCCAGGGACGAGAGGUCCUGCCCACCAAUGUCAAGCCAUUGCACUAUGACUUGACCCUCGAGCCCAAUUUCGAAAAGUUCACCUACAAUGGUACUGUCACGAUUGACUUGAACGUCAACGAGGACACCGAUUUCAUUUCCCUCAACUCCAACGAGAUCAACAUUCACAGCGCAACUGUUCUUUCCAAGGGAUCUGUUGUAGAGUCCAAGCCCGAGAUUUCCAUGAACAAAGAUGCCCAGACCGCAACAAUCAAGUUCGGCCAGGCACUCUCUGCGGGGUCAGAUGCCCAGCUGAAGCUCACCUUCACUGGUAUCCUGAAUGAUAACAUGGCUGGUUUCUACCGAUCAUCAUACAAGGAGAAUGGAAAGACCAAGUACAUUGCUUCAACUCAAAUGGAGCCCACAGAUGCUCGCCGUGCUUUCCCUUGCUUCGACGAGCCUGCCCUCAAGGCCAAGUUCACCGUGACUCUUAUCGCAGACAAGAGCAUGACUUGCUUGAGCAACAUGGAUGUUGCCACCGAGACUGACGUUGAUGGCGGUAAGAAGGCUGUUAAGUUCAACACAUCGCCCGUUAUGUCGACCUACUUGAUUGCUUUCAUUGUCGGCCACCUCAACUACGUUGAGACCAACCAGUUCCGAGUGCCUGUCCGUGUUUACGCUACCCCCGACCAGGACAUUGAGCAUGGCCGAUUUUCCCUCGAGCUUGCUGCAAAGACUCUCGCUUUCUACGAGAAGGCCUUUGACAACGACUUCCCGCUGCCGAAGAUGGACAUGGUAGCAGUGCCCGACUUCAGCGCGGGAGCUAUGGAGAACUGGGGUCUGAUUACCUACCGCAUUGUCGAUGUCCUGCUGGAUGAGAAGACUGCUGGUGCAUCGCGCAAGGAGCGUAUUGCCGAGACCGUCCAGCACGAAUUGGCUCACCAAUGGUUUGGUAACUUGGUUACCAUGGACUUCUGGGAUGGCCUGUGGUUGAAUGAGGGUUUCGCAACCUGGAUGUCGUGGUACUCGUGUAACGUCUUUUACCCGGAGUGGAAGGUGUGGCAGACUUAUGUCAUUGAUAACCUCCAGGGUGCCCUGUCACUCGACUCGCUGCGUAGCAGCCACCCCAUUGAGGUGCCUGUCAAACGUGCCGAUGAGAUUAACCAGAUCUUUGAUGCUAUCUCCUACUCCAAGGGUUCUUCCGUGCUACGCAUGAUUUCCAAGUACCUCGGAGAAGACGUUUUCCUGCAGGGUGUUCGUGACUAUAUCCGUAAACAUGCUUACGGAAAUACCGAGACUGGUGACCUUUGGGCUGCCCUUGCCAAGGCUAGCGGCAAGCCAGUUCAGUCCGUCAUGGAAAUCUGGACCAAGAAUGUCGGUUUCCCUGUUAUCAGUGUGACUGAAAACCCUGAGUCAUCGUCCAUCAGCCUGAAGCAGAACCGUUUCCUGCGCACUGGUGAUGUUCGACCUGAAGAGGACAAGGUCCUUUACCCUUGUAUGUUGGGACUGCGUAGCAAGGACUCUAUUGAUGAGAACACCAUGCUUACUGAGCGUGAGGGUGAAUUCAAGGUUCCCGACCUGGAUUUCUUCAAGCUUAAUGCCGAUCACUCCGCAAUCUACCGCACCUCUUACAGCCCUGAGCGUCUCCGCAAGCUGGGACAGGCUGCUCGUGAUGGCCUUCUUACUGUGGAGGAUCGUGCUGGUAUGAUCGCCGACUCCGGCGCUCUGGCUGCUUCUGGUUUCCAGAAGACUUCGGGUUUGCUGUCUCUCCUCCAAGGCCUCGAUACCGAGACCGAGUUUGUUGUCUGGACCGAGAUGCUGUCUCGUAUCGCUACCUUGCGCAGCGCCUGGUUGUUCGAGGAUGACAAGACUAAGGAUGCCCUCAAGGCCUUCCAGCGCUCCUUGGUUGCUAACAAGGCCCAUGAGCUAGGCUGGGAGUUCUCUGAGAAUGAUGAUCACAUCCUGCAGCAAUUCAAGGCUCUUAUGUUUGGCUCUGCUGGUAUGGCCGAGGACCCAGUUGUUAUCAAGGCGGCCCAGGAUAUGUUCGCACGCUUCGCCGCUGGCGACGUCUCCGCCAUUCACCCUAACAUCCGAGGCAGCGUUUUCACCCUUGUCUUGAAGCAUGGUGGUGUUAAGGAGUACGAAGUUGUCCUCGACCGCUUCCGUCACGCAUCUACUUCCGAUGAGAAGACCACCGCUUUGCGCUGUCUCGGUGCGGCUGAGGAUCCAGCUCUCAUCAAGCGCACUCUUGGCCUUGCUACGAGUGAUGAGGUCAAGAACCAGGAUAUCUACAUGCCCCUGGGUGGCUUGCGUAACUCCGCGGUCGGUAUUCAGGCUCGCUGGGAAUGGCUCCAGGAGAACUGGGAUGGUGUUUACCGACGCCUUCCUCCGUCCCUUGGCAUGCUUGGUACCGUUGUGCAGCUCACCACUGCAGCUUUCGGCACUGAGGCUCAGCUGAACGAGGUCAAGGCCUUCUUUGAUUCCAAGGACACUAAGGGAUACGACCGUGCUGUUGAGCAGAGUCUUGAUGCUAUCCGUGCUAAGGUCAACUGGGUCCAGCGUGAUAACAAGGACGUCGAGUCUUGGCUUAGCAAGAACCAGUACCUUCAGAGCAAGCUGUAG